AUGAACCGCCACCCACUCGAAUAUCGGCCACCUGAGAAAGGCAUUGUCUCAAAGCUUCCACCUUCAUGGAUGCCAUACGCAGAGCUCAUCAGACUGGACAAGCCGGCAGGGACCUACUACUUGUUCUUCCCAUGCUUAUUCUCUACUCUACUUGCCGCACCACUAGCUACCCCAAUGGCAACACCGAUCGAAGUUGUAUCCACAGGUGCGCUCUUCUUCGCCGGCGCCCUCAUUAUGCGGGGUGCUGGCUGCACCGUCAACGAUCUCUGGGACCGCAAUCUGGACCCUUAUGUUGAGCGAACCCGUCUCCGACCCAUCGCCAGGCGAGCCAUCACUCCUCAGAAAGCAAUCGUCUAUUUGGGUUUCCAGCUACUGACCGGACUCGCCAUCUUGCUCCAGUUUCCCUAUCAGUGCUUCUUCUAUGCGACACCAAGUUUGUUACUUGUCGCCACGUACCCUCUCGCUAAGAGAGUAACCAACUACCCUCAAUUUGUCCUGGGUCUGACCUUUUCCUGGGGAGCCAUUGUUGGGUUUCCUGCACUUGGUGUUGAUCUUCUAACAAAUCCUUCCGCGCUUGCGGCAGCUGCGGCACUUUAUGCGAGUUGCGUGACUUGGACCUUGAAUUAUGACAUGAUAUACGCAUUCCAGGACAUAAAGGAUGAUGUCAACGCUGGCAUCAAGUCGAUCGCUCUGGCACACGAUCACAAUGCUAAGGCGGUCCUGCUGGGCUUGUCUGCUGUCCAGGUGGGCCUUGUCGGUCUAGCCGGCUAUUUUGCUGGGGCAGGUCCAAUCUUCUUUUUGGGAAGCUGUGGUGGUGCUGCUUUCACUCUCACCAGCAUCGUCAGAAGGGUGAAUCUUCGAGACGUUCAGGAUUGUGCCAAGUGGUUUAGGAAAGGCGCCUGGCUGACUGGUGGGGUAAUAUCGGCUGGCAUGCUGGGUGACUACCUGUAUCGGCGUGAGCAAAAGAUUGAUCGUCAGGAUGAGGAGGAGCUCGACAGUGUUGUGCGGCCGGUCUGA